AUGGAUUCAUUUCCAUAUGCCAGUGGGGUUGGAAGUUUAAUGUAUGUUAUGGUCUGUACAAGGCCAGACAUAGCAUAUGCAAUGAGCAUUGUAAGUAGGUUCAUUGCAGACCCUGUAGAGAAGCAUUGGGAUGCACUGAAGUGGAUUAUGAGAUACAUUAAAGGCACUCUUGACCUAGGCCUCACCUACAGCAAAAGCUACAAUCCAGAGAUACAAGUUUCAGGCUAUGUUGAUUCAGACUAUGCAGGCUGCAUAGACACAAGAAGAUCUAUUACUGGUUAUGUUUUCACAAUGCAAGGAGGAUGUGUGAGUUGGAAGGCAAACCUUCAAAAGGUUGUAGCAUUGUCCUCAACAGAAGUUGAGUACAUGGCAGCUACUGAGGCAAUCCAAGAAGCAAUUUGGCUAAAGGGUCUAGCAAAGGAGAUGGGUUACGAGACUAAAAAUGUCACUGUAUUCUGUGACAACCAGAGUGCUCUUCACCUAAUGAAGAACCCUAUGUUUCAUGAGAGAUCAAAACAUAUUGACAUUAAGGUGCACUUCAUUAGGGACAUAAUCUCAAGAAAGGAAGUUCAAGUUCAGAAAAUUCACACUAAUCACAAUCCUGCAGACAUGUUCACCAAGGCAGUGUCUCAUGCCAAAUUCAAACAUUGCCUCGAUCUACUUCACAUUGCAGGCUGUGAUUAA